AUGAAAGAGCCUUUUGUAGUGCAACUAAAAAUCAAAAAUAUCAACAUAGAUGAUGAAAUGAAAUUACCUUUAAAAAAAGAUAGGUAAUAUUACACAAUAACAAAAAAGAGAUUGAUAAUAUUUCUAAAGAACAAAGGAAUAAAUUAUAAUUUAAACGAUACUGAUAUUGGUAUAUAUAUAAUUAAUAUAAUAAUUAUAGAAUUUUUUAUAGAAUUUUAUGACUAAAAGAAAAAAGAAUUUUAAGAUGAAUCACAAAUAUUCGAUUUUGAUAAGAAUGAAUUUUUUUUUCACGAAAAAUUUUUUGAAUUCAUAGAAAUAGACAAAAAAAAAAAAAAAAUUUUGCACGCAAGGUUUGUUGUAGAAGCCAAUAGUUGGAUAGGAAAAAAAUAUAUUCAAUAACUGAAAAUUCUUGAAAAAUAAAUUUCAUCACAAGUGGAUGAGAAAUAAAAAGAAUUAUAAAAAGAUUUAGAACCUCAAUAUUAAGAAAUUGAAAAUAUUAAGUAACAAUUAGAAAAAUUAUGCUAAUAAGAUAAAUAUAAAGAAAAUGAAGAAGUUGAUUUAGUUAUACUUUAUAGCUGCCCCUUAUUAUUAUAAGAUGAUAUUAAUAAAACUUGGAAAGCAGCAAAGUUUAUUGAAUAUGAGAGUGAAAUAAAUGAAAUUUUAGAAUAAGAAAAUUUACCAAAGUUUAAGAUAUUAUUAGCUACUGAUGAUAAUUUGAUAGAAGCCUUAAAUUAUAAUCCAUAGAUAAUACAUUUAAUAAUUAAUGGAGAUAUAGAUCUUAAUAAAGACGAAUAUUAUUUAGAAUUUUAAGAGGAAGGUUCUGGUUAUGUAAAAAAGAAAUAUCUAUAUGAAUUUAGAAGUAAAUUGAUAGAAAAAAUAAAUUAAGGAAAACUCAAAAAAUUAAAGUUAAUCUCUAUAAGUUCUAUUAUAGCAAAGGAAUUCAUAUAAGUAAUUAAGGAUAAUUGGUUCUAUGAUUUAUUUAGUGUUAUAGGAUAAAUAAAGGUUUUUAAUUCUCAUGAUAAAUAUGGUGAUUUGUUUUGGAAACAUUUUUAUGAAUAGUUGUUUAGUGGUGGGUAAAAAUAAAUUGAAGAAGAAUAUAAAAAAGUUAAAGAUGAAAUAAAAAUUGAUAACUCAGAGAAAUAUGUAGUUAUAUGUUGUUGCUUUCAUGAACAUAGUCAAGUAUGUAAAAAAGCUCCUCAAAAAAUUGGGUAUUCAGAAUCUCAUGAAAAGCAUCUACAAUGUUCAAAACAAAAAACAAAUAAUAAAGGUUAAGAUCCUUAAGGAUAUAUAUUCCACAAUAAUGAAAAAUGUAAUGAAAAAAAGAAUGAAGAGGGUAUAUGUAUAAAUUACCAGGCUAGGAUUGACAAUAUUUUUAAAGAAUAUGAACAAGAAAAAGAUGUAGAGAAAAAAAAAAAUUUUUAAAUGAAUGAGGUUGAAUGUUGUUGCUGUUGCUAUGAGUAUGAUGUUUUACUGUCUGAAAAUAAAGUGGAACAAAAAGGACAUCUAAUUUCCUAGAAAUUUAUGGGAGAUUAAUUUGGAAAAAUAGAUUGUAAUUUAAGCAAAAAAAAUGAAAUUGAUAAUUAAAGCGAUUAAAGUAAAAUUUAAAUUCCUUACUUAAAAAUUAAUAAAUAGAUUAUUAUAAUAUUUAGUAGUGAUUCUAAGGAUACAGACAAUAAAACCAAAGAUGAAUUAUUUAAAUAUUUUGAAGUAAUUUUAUUACUAUAAAUAGAUAUAUAACAAAAAAAGGUAAGUAAUAGAGGGGGGUGAGAGAAAGAAAGUAAUUGCCUAUGUACAGUAAAAUCACAAAGAAAACAAUAACAUUAUUUAUGAACCUUAUACAUUCGAUGUUAUGAUGAAAGUUGAUUAAUUCUUUGAACAUAAAGAAUAGGAUAAAUUAUUUACAAUUAUUACCAUUUAAGAUAUUGAUGACAAAUGUUUGAAUCCAAAUUUCAAAUAAUUUAAUGAAGAAUUACAUGAAAAAUUCAAAAUGAAAGAAAAUAUAGUAAUCAUUUUUACAAUUUAAAUGAAAAAUAGAGAAAAUAUAGUAAUUCCUUAUUAUCAAGACUUUUACCAAUUAAUUUAUCCAUAAAAAUAAUGA